UUUGAAGAUAAAACAACAUGGCGUCCUGCGAAGAGCGAAACCUGUAAAUGCAAAGCAAAAAUUGUAGUAAACAUGCCUCCAACUAUUCAAUCUCAGGAGAAGAAACGUGCAGAGGAGGGAAGAAGGUAGGAAGGCUGAAUUUCUAUAGCUCGGUGGUUUAUUUGUGUGUGUUUUUAUAAAUAAUUUAAUGCGUUAAAGUAAAAUCAAUUUCAAUGCUUGAAUUUCAAAUUUUCAACUUUUACAGGUCAGGGUCUCAUCAAUUAUCGAAGUAAGUAUAUCAAAAUAAUACCCUUAUUGCACACAAACAUUCUGUAAGAAAAAUACAUACAAAUAGUAUAAUGAUAGUUGGUUUAAUAUGUAUAAUAUGUAAUUUAUUAUAUAAUGUUUGUCUGCAUUUUUAUUCCAAGCGCUAUAAAAAUGUAGAAGAACCAAUGCAUGGGGGAUUGUAAAUAGAGAUAAUUUGGAUGCAAUCCAUAGUAUAAUGUAAGUGUUAACAUCAAAAUAUAAUCACUAUUACAGGCCAGAAUUUGUGUGUCGAGUGAAGUAUAACAACCAUUUGCCAGAUAUCCCAUUUGAUGCCAAAUUCAUUGCUUAUCCAUUUGAGGCCAACAGGUAAAUGAAUCUAGGAUGGCUGAUGUUGUAAAUGGCUUAAAAAAUGACUCAUCUUAUGAGUUCAUUGGCGAAGUAAUUUUAAAAAUAAACGUUGUCUAAGCCGAGAAAAUCAAAGUUAAAGUUUAUGUAAAUCAACAUGAAUCUGUAUUACAUAUACAGAUACGACACGCUUAUGAUUUUUCUUUGUGUUUUCUUCAUGAAUUAUUAAUGAGUUUUUUAAGGCAAAAUAGCGAAUUGUCAGAAAUGUUAGUGCAAUUCUAGUUUACGAAUUUGCUUCAGAAAAUGCAAGUAAUGCAGUCAUUGAGCUUCAAGAAUAGCACAAUCGCCUGCCGGAGAACCCCCUCUCACCCCUAUCAUCCAAUAAAUAGAAAACAUGAUUAAGUGAAGUUCAACUCCCGAUGUUUUGCAAACAUCUCUUAGUAUAUAUCGAUUCAAAAGUGCCCUUUCACGAAAAUCUGCCCCCCUUGCCUUCACAUCGUUCCGGCGUCUCUGAUGGUAUGUGCCAGUGUAGGUAGUGCCAAUAAUAAGAAAGCUUCAGAUUGAUAGGGAUAUGAACCUUCUGAUGAAGGGCCUUCGCUUGAAACGUCCAAGUCCUUUUUGUAUCCCCAUCAAUUUGAAGCUUUCUCAAAUGAAUCUGGGCAAUGGAGUUUUUAGUUUUUAACUGCUGGCAUUUUGUGUGACUAUCAUGAUAUCUCAAUUAUGGAAGUCUAGUGUAGGUUGUAUUAGCCACAGUAGUCUGCUGUAGUUUGUAUCUAAAUUACCUGAAAAAAAUUUAAAGCUUACUUUCAUUUUUACUCAUGUCGUCUCUGGUGUAUAUUUAAUUCAGAUUUGUACAGUACAAACCAACGUCAUUAGAGAAGAAUUACAAACAUGAAUUAUUAACCGAUGUUGAUCUUGGUGUAAACAUUGAUUUGAUUGAUCCAGACACGUAUGCCGUCAGCGCGGAUGGUAUGAUUCUCACAAAAAAUACGGGCCUUAAAAUAUCGGUCGGUCACAGACAUUGUCCGACCCAUUCGUGAAAUUGUCCGACGUAGAAAAGAAACCACCGGACAUUCUGUCCGACCAAAGUGAAACUGAGGUUUAUUGUUUGUCCGACCCGAGUGUAUUGGUGUCCGACCGAACUGUAGCUUUGUCCGACGUAAAUCAAAAAGUACCCUAGCCCAGGAGGCCAGGACUAGAGGCAGGCUUAUAUGUUAAAUGGAAAAUCAGAGUACUAUUGUAUAAAAGGUCAACUGGAAAUGUUGUUUUAACGUAGUUGAGCGCGGGGCGGCGAGUGAAAUGGUGAAGUGGAAAACAGGCUUAAGUUGUCGAAGUCUUUUUGAUACUGCUGUUCUGGCAAGCAAGUUAAUUUUGGCUUGGAAAUAAGUAUGAAAGAAACAAAUUUUUUAAUAUCUUUACAACAUUUAUCGUUUUAUAUUCAUUUGUGUCAUUCAGACUUAUUUCCGAGUCAAAAAUGAGCUGAAGUCAUCGGACAUAUGUCCGACCCAAACUCAACGUCACCGGACAUUUUGUCGGACGGCCCUGGAAAAGAUAUUUUAAGGCCUGAAAAAUAGCAGUAAUAAUAGCACCAGUAAAACGGGGAAUAUAUAUACAAGAAGAAUUCGAGACAGGCAUGGAUGUCAAAUGUGGUUACUGCUACUCAUUACCAAUGAUUUAAGCCUAUCUUCCAUAUGGGUAUGAGGCGGGGAGAGCUGUCCCCUGUAAAAAUGAAGUUGGGCAAAUUAUAAACAUACAUUUGGAAAAAAGAUGGGGGAAAUAUAUAAGGUUUUCGAAAAUUUCAACUCCUUCAAAAAAAUUUCCAAUCACCCAAAAAAAAAGUCAACCUCUCGUAUGCCUAUGCUGUCUUCUGUAAGUAAAGAUUAAUGUACCCAGACAAUGCGCCCAGAUGUGCUCUACUUUAUUAUUUUACUCUGUCUAACGCCAGAUGAUUUUACUCAUCAGGGGGAGAAUGCUGCUGGCACUCAAUGGGUUAAAAUAGGUUAAUGGGUUAAAUUACUAUGAGUGCUCACCACAGGAAUUAGUGCAAAAACUAUACAACUGAGUAACUAUAAGAAACAUAAAGAGCAGAAUAAAAUACAUUAUUCUUGAUAAAUAUAGUGAAAUGUAAAACAAUGAUUGAUGAAACAUUUUCUAUAUAGUUAACCUCCAUCCGAUUGAUGAAAAAUUGCUUGAAGAGGAACCAAUUGGUUUAACUGACCAAAAACGGUAAAUGAUAUAAAACCGUAGAUUUUCAAAUUCACUCAAAAGUUCACUAUUCUCAUGCACUGAAAACUCAAAAUGGUCUAAGUUAUUUUGUCUUUGCCUUUGUUUAGGUCUCGACAGCACAAUAAGACUGUAUCAUGGCUGAGAAAAACUGAGUAUAUCUCAACAGAAUACAACCGCUUUCAGACAAGUAACGAGCAGAUGGAAACAAAGUAAGCUUAGAUUGGAAAUAUGUGAUGAUAAAUCAAUUGAGUAAUAGAAAAAUAAUGGGUUUGCUACCAUGUAAAUAACAUGCAAUCCAAGUGUAAUUUUCUAAUUUCUUAAAAACAGAGUUGGUUACAGCAUGAAAAAGAAAUUCCAGGGAACUGAUGUAUACAAGGUAUGUUUCUAAGAAAUAAUAAAUUCAUAGAAAUAAUGCAUACCAGUCACCAGAUGUAUAUAACUAAUAAUUGUACCUGACAUUUUACUAUAGGAUCGAGAAAGUCAAGUUGAAGCAAUCCAAGGCACUUUUGAAUCUGCAAAACGACCAGUAUGCAUGUCUUAUUUACCGUAUACAAUAAAUCAAUAUCUGUUGACUGUUUUUGAUAUAUUUAAAUGCAAGUUGUGCUGUCACAACUCUUACACAAAAUUUACGGAGAUUCCUAUGAAAUGUUCUUUAUUUUUUCAAGAUUUAUCGUCAUCCAAGCAAACGUGGCAUCAAACCUGUCGAUGUUUUGCCAGUUUUUCCAGACUUUCAGGUAUUGUUACAACAAUUUGCGGUGUCCAAAUGUAGUAAAUCACUUGCUGGACACCACAGGGGCUGGUUGUUGAAAGCAUGAUUAACGUUAUUAUCAAUGCAGACAAGAUUUCUAGAAAAAAUUUUCUGGAAAAACGUACAAGUUCUUAGGAAAUUUGCUUUGAAUUUUCACCGUAAUCUAGGAUUAAGCUAACCAGCUUUUGAACAACUGGCCCUGCUAUUAAUACACCGCAGCAAACAACAUGCAAUACACCUAUCGCAAAACCCAAAAGUUCCGGUUUUUGCUUUUGAAACAUCUUGGAUACAGAGAUACUACAAGUUGUUUUAUUUGAAACUUGGUAGUUGCAAUCUAAAUCACUUUAUUUACCACAAGAUACAGGUAAAAUGGUGGACACAACAGGUUACCCCAAUUACUGUGCCUCCAAAACUAUCUAGAUUACAAGUUAAGAAUGCAUGCAAAAUUGAUUACACUAUAUAAUAGACUAUGAAAUGCGCUAUAUUACAGAUUAGGAAGUAAAAAAUACGAUAGAUAAACACUAUAAAAGUCAACUAAAAGCAACAAUGAGGCACUUCAUUUAAAAGGCGCGCAUUUUUGCAUUUGAUACAAACAGAUUUCCAUGUCCUGUUGUCGUCAAUGUCAUAGAUAUCCUUUAAGGCUUUGUUGUAAUAAGAAUGCAAACUCUUUUUAAAGUAACUAAGAGUUUGGUUUUCUAACGUUAGAUUGUUUGGUAAAAUGUUCCAUAGUUUUGUUACCCUUAUAAAGUAGCUGUUUUGGUAAGUGGUAGUUCUACACUUUUUCACAACCAAUUUCCUACCAUUGUUUGUGGUGCUACGUGUACGUCUCGCUGCAACGUAAAUUGCAGGGCAGACGCCAGACGAUAGAGAUACCAAACCAAAGGACCAAUGAUUCACGUUUUUUGUGUAUUCGUUUACACUUGCAAUUUUUGCUGCGAUUUUAAGUGCGAUUUUCUUCUUCUGAUGUAUGUGAACGAGUUGAUGAGUUAUGAAUGUUCAGAUGAGGGUACACAUACCCAGAACAUCCAUUAUUCAUCUACUCGUUCACAUGCACCAGAAGAAGAAGAAUCGCAACAAAAACCGUUCUUGUGGAAGAACAGGUGUUCAAAACCGGAAGUGCGGUAAAAUCAGGCAUUUUGGGGGAUUUUGCGAUAGGUUUAUAGUAAUGCUGUUCACUUCUAUUUGUGUGAGUAAAUUGACUUAUAUAUUGGACUUAUUUCAUUACUGAUUAGAUGUGGUCCCAGCCGUGUGCUCAUGUCAUAUUUGACACUGAUCCAUCGCCGCGAGGUGGUCAUGAACCUGCAAAACCAGAGGAAAUGUGUCAAGCUAUGAUCAGGUUCGUUCAAUACAUGCCUGUAUAUUUACUCUUUUCGCAGGUAACCUAAAAUAAUUUGAAGUUAGCCCAGCGAGUGAAGCGAGCAGCCGGAACGGUACCGCGAGUUGCGUUGGGGGAUCGGGCCACCAGGGGAAACUUUUUGAGUAAUUGGGCCUGAGAAAGUCAAUUUUGGCAACAGGUGGUGUGUAAGUUACGUCACCGUCGCCAUGUUGGAUGACAUUGAGAAAGGAUUUUGCUUGUUUGCAAUGCAAAUAUCAUCCAACAUGGCGAAAAUCUCUUUGUCCUUUGAAUCCUAUAGGAGUGGUUGCGCAUAAGUCAGAGCUUGAUGGCUUUGGAUCUGAUAAACAAAUUUUUUCAGGAAAAUAGUCAAACCACAUCAUGUUUGAAAAUAGAAAAGAGAAUGUUAUAGAAAAGAGAAACCUAUUAAAUGUAGUCGGUAAAUAUCACAAAAAGAUAUUGGGAAAGAUUGAAAUUUUCUGCUAUACUAGCGUGCACAAGAUCUUCUGACCCAGAUUUGCAAUUAGCUCCAGUCACUUGAAGGUAACACGGUUACCAUGGAUUCCAGCAUCUGACACCCAUGGUUCAAUAUUUUAGUUCUAUCUUCGUCUUGUGUACAUUAUAAGACAAAUGAUCUGUCCAACAGCUGAUAUACGUCUUGACAGUUGAUCUAUCUUAGUAGAAACCAGGUCCUUAUUUUGUGAUUUCCAGAGGUAUGGUUGACGUCCAAGGUGACCAGUUCGUUGCGUACUUCCUGCCAGAAAAUGAAACUUUGAGAAAACGUAAACGAGAUCAAGAGGAUGAAAAAGAAUAUACUGAAGGCGAUGAGUAAGUCGGUUUAGUCACUUUCACAUUUUUAUUGUACUGGUGGGUUUCACUAAGCACUGCAGAGCACCAGUUGGUGUGGUCAUCUGGCAGUUAUUACAGUGAGAAAGGGAUGUUUAAUUAUUUUUACUAUUUAUGUAGUAGUCUUGUAUUUUGUGGCAAGUAAAUAAAACUAAGACAUGAAGUGUAAUAUUCCGUGCCAGGGGCGGAUCUAGCCUGAUUUGUUAGAGGAGGUGGAGGUUUUCCAGAGGGGGUGUAUUACUAUGGGGGUCCAGGGGCAUUCUCCCCCAGAAACGUUUCGAAAAUUGAAGCCCUGAAAUACCAUUUCCUGCAUUCUGAGCACUACGUUUAUUCAUUAAAUUUGUCCUUACAGUACUUUGUAUUUCGGGCAAAAUUUAGAAAAAUGAGCACUACGUUAUAUGGUGACCCGCCGUAUUGGUGAUUGAAUGUUUUUUUGCGUAUUUGAAAAAACAAUCGUUUCAAUAUAAUUAGUAUUCACAACUCAAAUAUGGAAUACCAGAGUUUUCUUCAAGCGGGUGCUGGACCCCAGUAGGUGGGUGCGCACCCCGUGCACCUACCGGUAGAUCCGCCCCUGUAGUUUUGUAUUUAGUGGCAAAUAAAUAAAACUAAGAGUUGAAGAGUAAUAUUCCUUGCUCCUAUAAGUGUGUCCCAUAUUUGAUCACCAUAUACUGCUCCCCCUAACGCUUACUGAAACCAACUAAAACUUGCAAAGGUCAAAACGUGAACAUUUUUUUAGAUAUCAUUACAAAAUGGCACGAGAGUAUAACUGGAAUGUUAAGAACAAGGCGUCCAAAGGAUACGAGGUUGGUACUAGAUGGAUUUAAGUCUUGUUCACACAUGUGAAAUAAACGCAAAGCUUUAAAGACCUUACUAAGCACAAGCAUAUAAGUAUAGACCUACAAUAAGUACAAGUUAAGGCGAAACAAAAACUUAAAGAAAAGUCUUUCUGACUUGUGUUUUCCAUCCGAAAGGUGACAUUUUCGUUUGCAUUCAUUCUUAUGCAUCUCUCUCGUAUGAAGCAGGCUUUACAUGAUUGCUACGAUAAAGAACUCGCCACAAGGCACUUUUAAAUCAAGUUUGUAAGUACUUCAUGUCUGACAAAUUCUAUAUCCCGCCUUGACAUAGCUGAAAUUAUUUCCUGUAUUUCUGUAGGAGAACUAUGUGUUUGUAUUCCGAGAAGAAGGCGUAUUUUACGAUGAACUCGUCACGAGGGUUCGUCUCAGUAAACGUCGUACGAAAGGUGGGGCCGGCGGAGUAAAAUCUACUGUAUCGAAACUGUUGGUCAAACACAGAGAACUGACUGAACAAGAAGAGCAAGCACAGGUACUGGACCAUUAUUAUAAGUAAACGCAUGCUUUGAGGGAAAUUAGUGAUUAAAUGUCCCCGCAAACCGAAGGAGGUUUAGUAAAGACAAAGAAAUCCUUUGUUUUCAAUUAAAUUUCCCCGUUUCCCGGGGAAAUUUAGAAGACAAAAGCGUAUGCAUGGGUCAUGAGGGAAAUACGUGAUAAAUGUCCCUGUUGAAACAAAAGAAACCGAGGCUACCAUGUGUUUAUUUAACUAAGCUAAGGGAAGCCUCGCAUAUCGAUUGUGUCCACGAGAAACGUCAUAUGGACGGUUGGGGGUUUGCAGCUGUGACGUUUCUCUGUAAAACAUCAUGGAUAAAUUCGAUAGUUUUUUUCGAAAGCCUUAACAUUUGGGAAUUAUCUUUGCAGAAUAUAAAAAAGAAUACAACUUGAUACAAACACCAGUCUAUAUACAUCAUCCGUAAUACCAUACCUGUUCUAUACAUUUUCAUAGUUCAUAGUUCCUAAAGUAAUUUGAAUUCAACUGUCUCGAAGACCGGUCAAAUUCAAUAGUAGAAAAUUACUUUUUGUGUACUAUAAGAACAAAAUAUCGAUAACUAUGUGUGACGUUUCCAAGGGGGUGGGGGUCUCCAGAGAAACGUCCCAUGGACAAAAUCGAUAUGUGAGGCUUCCCUAGCUCAUAAUGCUUGCCCCUUAGUGGCCCAGUAUUGCUAUGGGAGGAACCUGGUGUACUCGGAGAAAACGGUGUUUGGUAGUGUCAAACUGGAAGCACUCUUCACAAAAAUUUCAUCACAGCUUGAAAGAGCAUCACAAAAUUAGUAAUAUUCCAAAGUUUCGUUGCGAAAUGUUGUAAAAUGCGGAUAAUAUAGCCUUUCGAAAUUUGCCGUUUUUCAGUCAUUUUGUAUUACGCAUGGGAAAUUGACAGCCCUAUCGGGUGCUGGGGCAUCAAUUUCCCGUUUGUAAUACAAAAAUACUGAAAAUUUCAAAUUUCGCAGGGCUGUAUUAUCCGCAUUUUACAACAUUUCGCAACGAAACUUCGGAAUAUUACUAAUUUUGUGAUGCUCUUUCAAAUUUUAGUUAUAAGGGGAAAGGUCCAUUGAACAACUGCAUAUUGCAGGUGAAAGGCGCAUGCACUAACCACACUGCGGCCAACACUCCUGCUUGAAAUCCGAUGUUUAUUUAUGUAUUUAUUAGUUUCGCCAUAUUACAAUACACAAAAUGAAGUGACUGCUAAAUAGUUUGUUGUUUCUGUAUUUGAUUAAAGCUAUUUAAUAUUCUGUUAGAACUCGCGUCAUUUACAACUGGAGAAUGUCGUGGCCGAAAACGAAGAAGAUGAUGAAGAAGUGGUAGAGGAAAAUGAUCAAUCUGGAGAUGAAAAUAAAGAUGAUGGCGAGAAACAACAAGAUGGCGAAGUGGGAGAGAAUCAGGAAGAGAGCAAUGAGAAGAAAGCUGAAUCAAGUGCUGGUGAGGAAUCGGUAAGCAGCCAUGAGUUGUUUCAAAAGUUAAUAUUCACAAGAGUCCGGAAAUAAGUAUGCAUGUGGAAUUAUGAUUAGUUGUGCUUGAAUUCAUCCGAAUUCAUGUGCAUCCGUUAGUGGUCCGAUUUUCACUAGAGAUGGAUGAUCCGUCUGGACGAACUUGGGCAAAGUACCGUCAAGGCGAACUAUUUGGUAGUAUCUUUCUUUGUCCAUGUUCGUCAUUCGUCCAUUUGCGCAUGCACGGCCGUCCAUCUGCAGGCGUACGGCGUCAGACUAGCGGCCAUCCUCCUAAGAAUAAUCAUAAGGUUACUUUGAUUUGAUAUUGUACAGGGUGAUGACAGUGGUGAAGAUAUAUUUGGGGAUGAUUCUGACUAAGUGUGGAUCCACCUGACGACAGACAUUGACAACAAGCACAGGUGCAAGGAAACUAUAAAAUUUUAUGAUCAGAAUGUACAAUAUCUAAGAAAAGCUGGGCUAUUUUGUAUAUCAUAUCCUGGGGACGAGAUUCUAUAGCAUGUUCAGAUCAAAAGCAUGUUACCUCAUAAAUUAAUCGAGUGUAAAUAUACUGUAGAUGUUCCAUUAAGAAAAUGGAUACCAUAAAAAUCGCUCGUGUAGUCGUGUAAACUGUCCUCAGAUAUACACUGGGCCAUAAAUCUUCGUAUAGAACGCUGAACGAUUUUUAUUGUUCGUAAUUCGUAUGCUUUCAACAAGUUGUAGAACGUGGACAAACAAAACAUUUCUAAAAGGAGAGAAUUUUCGAAAAAGGCGCGAGUUUGCGCGGCGCACUAAGCUUUUAUUAUUAGUUUUACAUGUAAUAACAACUUCAGAAAUGUUGAAACAUAUAGGAGCAAUAAAGUUCAUCUAAAUCACUCAGUUCUAUCUAUUUGCCAC